GCUGUAACCGCCACGUUGGUAGGCGUAACAGAACCGAAGCAACGAAGCCACACCUGUUUCCGAUGCUCCACUCACUGCAACACUGGAAGAAGAAGACGGAGGAAAACUAUUGUUAGCUUAACCAAUACUAGUAUCAAGUAAUGGAAACCAAAAACGAAGGAAAUGCAAUUCGAAGCGGAAUUGAGAAUCCAUUUACUUUGAAAGUUGGUCAAGUAUUUACUGGUUUUGGAAUCGGUUGUGGCGUCGGAAUCGGUGUUGGACGCCCUUUAAAUUUAGCUGCAAUACCUAUGUUGAAUCAAGUAAUGAGUGCCACUAGGGGUGCUACUGAUGCAUUUUCUGGUGUUAGCAGGCAUGUCAAUACUUCUUUGAGGAAGCUUGGAGCUAAAAAUAUUGAAUUAGGUGUUGGAUGUGGAGUUGGUUUUGGUCAUGGUUUUGGAGCUGGACUUGCUGUGAAACCUGGGGUGUUGAAUCAAAUUCAAUCUUGCUUUGUAGUAACGAUGACAAAGAUGAUGAUGAAGUUUGGAAUUACUCCCAGUUUACCAUUUAGUUCGGGUGCAUUUCCAUCAUCCUUACAAAGUGCCACAAGCAUAGUCAGUCCAGGAAGCAGGAUGCCAUUAGUAACUAAAUCGGCUGAUCAAUUAUCUCAAGGUCUUGCGGGAUCUCAACCAAUGAACAUUGGUUUGGCUUUCGAUAAAACUGCAAUAAAAGACACUGCAGCUGACACUACAUAUGGCAGCCGAACUGAGAAGGUUCUUAACAACUUUUUGCAAAAUCCACUGUUGAAGGGAGAAGGAGGAGCUUCCAGUGAAACCGCUGGACGCUUGAUCGCAGAGAACAAAAUGCUUCAGAUGGUUUUGAAACACCAGCAAAUGAUUGAAGAACUUGUGGAGGAAAAUGAGAAGCUUAGGCAUAUACUAGUGGAAGAGCUGAAAGUACCAUCGAGCAAACUUGAAUCGGGUUCUUCAGGUAGAAUUAGAAAUAAGUUGUCAUGUAAUGAUUGUUUUGAGUGCCGUAGAAAACAAAGAAGAAAGUAGGUUCAAAAUAAUAAUACUAAUAUAUUCAUUGAAGUGUUUGCACGUUGACCCUUAAAGGGGCACCCCUAAACAGUGAUACCCCUUAGAUUUUGGGUCUUUUUACUUACAAAUUACUGGAGUGGAGAUAGUAUAAGCAAAUGUUAUCUGGCACGAAAAACUAAAUGGAUUAACUAAUUAGAAUU